UGCACGGGUGCGGGAGAGCUUCACUGGUUCAUUCUCCUCUUUCUUCCCCUCCCAUUUUCCCCCUCCCGAUUGCCUUAGGUGCUUAGCAGUUUGCAUUUAGCAGUGUUAUCACCGAUUCAUCGUGAUGGCGACCGAAGGUUCAAGUAGUGAUGCUGCCGGUGGUGUUUCUGCAACAUCGACAGAUGUUAGAGCUCCAUUGUGGGAUCAUGUCCACAUUUUAGAGAGACCUAGAGCAAGGGGGGGCAAUACUAGAUGGAAGUGCAAGUAUUGUCCAUAUGAAGGAUUCAGUAGCUACACUCGAGUUGAAGCUCAUUUGCUGCAGAAGAAGGAAAAGGGAGUGGGUAUAUGUCCGAAGGUGUCUAUUGAUUUGCUUAGCUAAAUAAGAAGAGAUGUUCUAAGGUGCAAAGAAUUAGUAGAAAGGUCAAGACAGAGAACUGUGUCUUUGCCUACUAUGGGUUCUUCAUAUGGUGGCAGCACGAACAAGAGAGGAUCUGCAAGUGCAUUGGAGAAAUCUUGGGCAAUGGAGGACCGUAAGCAUUUGGAUGCUCUAAUUGCUAGAUCAUUCGAUUCUGGAGGGAUAUCUUUCAAUUUUGCAAGAAAUCCAUAUUUUCAACAAGCAAUUUCCUUUGCUUGUAACCGCAACUUGGCGGGUUAUAAAAUGCCUAGGUACAACAAGCUUAGAACUUCGCUUCUGAAGCAAGAAAGAGGUCACAUUGAGAUGCUAUUGCAGAGUUCAAAGAGCACAUGGCAGGAGAAGGGAGUGACAAUUUGCGCUGAUGGAUGGUCAGAUCCGCAGAGGCGACCACUCAUCAACUUUGUUGCUGUUUCUGAGAAGGCACCUAUGUUCUUGAGGGCUGAUAAUUGUGAAGGGCAAGUAAAGACAAAAGAAUACAUUGCUGAGAAGAUGAAGUCUGUUAUUGAAGAAGUGGGUCGUCAAAAUGUGGUACAAAUCAUCACAGACAAUGCUGCAAAUUGCAAAGUUGUGUGUAUGUUGAAACGGAUGGUGGAGGUAAAAAUGCCUCUUAAGCAAAUGGUAAUUAGUGAAGCAUGGGACAUUUACAAAGAUGAUGCUCAAACAGCAGCUCUAGUCCAUGACAAGGUAUUGAGUGAGGUUUGGUGGAGGAAUGUGGAGUAUAUACUUAAGAUUACUACUCCUAUCUAUGAGAUAAUACGUGUGGCGAACACUAACACACCAUGUCUUCACUUGAUUUAUGAGAUGUGGGAUUCUAUGAUUGAGAAAGUGAAGAAAGAGAUAUAUCAAUGGGAAGGAAAUAAACCAGAUGAGGAGUCGGACUUGUACUUGGUUAUUCAUAAGAUAUUAGUUGAUAGGUGGACAAAAGGUAAUAAUCCACUUCAUUAUAUUAUAGCCAACAGUGGCUACAUGGAGGUGUUGGUCGUGUACCUCCACACAAGGACAAAGAGGACUGAUGAUUACAAGAAAGGGGAAUCAAGGAUGUGGGAUGUGGGAGGAGAUUCUUUUGAAUCUCUAAGUGGUUUAGGAAUUCUUGAAGUGGCUAACCUUUCUCUUGAUGAGCCUGAAUUGCAAGCCGUGUCUUUUGGAGAUGUGGAGGCUGAUAUUUGGGAAAAUGAAGAUGAAGCAAAUCCUGAACAAACCUAG